AUGAAGGACAUCUCAAGUCUCCUCGUUAUGAAGGGCUCUUGUGGUACAGUGUUUGUGUCCCUAGCUCUGAUCAAGGAGGCCUGGGUUCAAGUCCCACCUGCUCCAGAGGUGGGUAAUAACGUCUUAGAAAAGGUUGGAAAUGUGGGACAAGCAAAUUACACAGCAUCUAAAGCUGGAGUGGUCGCCCUGACAAAGACCAGUGCAAAAGAACUGGCCAGGUUCGGAAUCAGAUGCAACACCAUUCUCCCAGGAUUUAUUGAUACCCCCAUGGCAGGGAAAGUCCCUGAGAAGGUACUGGACAAGGUUCUGCAGUUGGUUCCAAUGGGCCGCCUGGGAGACCCGACUGGAGGACUUUUCAUGUGAUUAGCGACAAGGGGCAGGAGGCUGAGGAUUACAGAGGAUUCCACUGCCAGGCUAUGCAAUCCCAGGAAUGGCUCGCUUGGAUUUGGCUCACCGGUCAGUAACCCCAUCCCUCCCCCAUCCGGGACCUGUUCCCGUGGAAGCUGACCUCCCCCCGCCCCCACCCCCAUCGUCCAGACAGAGACCACAGCCAGUUUGUACCACUGGAAGCUUCAGUCCUUUCCUGAUCGGAUGCACGGUAGCCCAGAAGAGGUGACUGAUAGUCAGAUGAUUCCAGUAACUGGGCUGACAUUCCUCUGACUCAGCACUAAACAGGGUCUGAGCUUGAGGCCGGCUUCGCUGCUGCAUGGACUCUCUGAAUCAGUGUGUGAAAUCUUACCCCACAGAAAUGGAUAAACCGUACCAGGCAACCAGCUCGUGCUGGUGCAUCAGUGAGAUGUUGGUCAGGCUGAUGUUUACCCAGGCCUGGGUAUAGGAUCUGAGCCAGGAUUCACACUGCAGCUGGAUUCAACUUAACCUACGGAUCUGCAUUCCCCAGUGCAGGCCGCAUCACAGUGUCAGGGAGCACCUUUACAAUAUUGAAUGUUUCGAGUGACAGGGAGGGGGGUGUCAGUCUCCCAUCAAGGCAGAGAUCUGCACUACUUCCUGGGCCUUUUGUAACUCUGUAUUAAUGACCUCCAAGAACUCACUGUAUAAUUAUAGAAAUUUAUUAUCCAAACAGAAUAAACUCAUCAACAAAUGAAUUUUUUUGUUAA